CAAAAAAUCAAAACAAAAAUAUUUUUUCUUGAAAAUAUUGUUAUUUUUACUGAAAAAAUAAUUAGAAUUCACAUAAAAAUGCCGCUAACUGCUGAAGCUGCUACACUUCAGGUGCAGGAGCGUCUAAAGGCCAUCCAGUCGCUGAUUCAUGAGCUGGAAAAUGAGAGGAGACGCAAUGAGGGUAACAUCAACAACAUCCUGAAGGUACAGGGACGGAUGGGCACAGAGGACAAGUCGAUGAUGUACCAGCACAAGGUGAAGGCACUCUAUAAGGCCGGCAUUACGGAUUGCCUGCAGGAGGAGAACCUCAUCCGGCAGGCACUGCAGAAAAUCCACGAGAUCCGAGCGAUACGCAAUGAGCGUCGCAUUGAGGCUCGCAAUGCGGGAAAUAAGGAAACAAUCCGACGUGGCGCCCUGAUGGUGAUGCUGGAAAUCUCUGCACAAACCCUGCCACUCUUUGUGGGGAAGCCAGGAGAGAAGCCACCCCCACUUUGUGGUGCCAUACCCGCGGAAAGCUCGUACAUUGCCAAACCCGGUGAUAUGGUGGCGGCACUGGUGAAGGUGACGGAUCAGGAGAAUUGGAUCAUUGCGGAGGUGGUGCAAUUUCUCAGUAGUCAAAAGUACGAAGUGGACGACAUUGAUGAGGAGCAAAAGGAUCGACAUAUCCUCAGUAAGAGGCGCAUUGUGCCCCUCCCGGUGAUGCGUGCCAAUCCCGAAACUGAUGCCCACGCUCUCUUCCCCAAAGGUACCACCGUUAUGGCGCUCUAUCCGCAGACAACUUGCUUCUACAAGGCCAUCGUCAAUAGUCUCCCCACAACAGCCACAGAGGGCUAUGAGCUACUCUUUGAGGAUCCCGGCUACCCAGAGGGUUACUCACCACCACUCCACGUUGCUCAGCGCUAUGUUAUUUCCAUCAAGCCAAACAAGAAGUUUAGCGCAACGUCCACCCUUUAAAAGGAUCUAGCUCUACAAUUUGUGCUGAAUUAAUCAGCAUAUUAUGUAAUAACAUAAUUUUUAAUAAAUCACUAUUUUUAAGGAA